UGAAUGGGGACGGGGCUGAUUAGAAAACAUUCAAUUUUGGUUUUGAGGUGUUCACACGGAAGGACGAGUACUCACCAGUUAAACCAGGUUUUGAACACUUCACUCAGACCCACAUAAAAUAGUUUGCAACAUGGAAGUUGAGGAGCCCUCAGAUAUGCAGGGUAAAUUUCAGCCUGCUCCUUUGGCUGAAGGUGACAUGGAGGCUGUGGAGGCUCUGAUGUCCAUGACAAAGCACUGGAAGACCAGAAGUUUCAGGCCCAGGCUCUUCAGACCCUUGACUCCAUCCUCAGACUGCUCAGAGGAUGACUCUGUCCCCUUUGGGUCUACUGUGCUACAGGACUCUCCUUUGUGCAUGACACCGCCAUACAGUCCACCCACCUUUGAGGCCACCCAUUCACCCUUGGCGACAAUCUUACAUCAACCUGCAGCAGCUGGAAGUCCAAGCUGGCAUCCAAUGGAAGAGGCUCGUGCUGCUUCACAGCAACGGUUCCAGUGCACCAGUGUAAUCCGUCACACUUCAGAUGGCCAGCGCAGCUCCUGUGACGUCCAUCCCGUCUCUGGGGAAGACAGACUCACUCAAGAUCAUACAAAAGACACUAAAACAGAUGUGAGCUCUGAAUAUGGGCUGAACAGUAGAGAGUGUGUGGGGACUACUGUAAUACAGUCUGACUCUAAUGCAGCCACACCACAUAAACCUUUCACUGUGACUUUGCCAGAUGUGGUUGAAGCCAGCCAGACCCAGAUGAGCCUUUCAGGCGGGGAUGAUAAAUCAAACACAUCUCAGGUUGUCUCCUCUGUCCCAGCUGGUGGCUGUAGGGUCUCUCCUGUGCCUGUCUCCUGCCAGAUUCUUCCUGUCCCUUCUCCUCCCUCCACUGUUACAGCCUCUGACAGUCAGAAGCAUCACCUAAUACCUGUCCCAUUAGCAACCCCCACUUCACUACAACAGCAGCACAAACAACAACAGGCACAACCACAAACACAAGCAGCUUCUCCUGCCCAGGUCUUUCUCCUAGGGGGUCAGGUGGCAAAAGGCCCCGUCUUGUUUCUUGUCCCUCAGCCGACUGUCCCUACACUCUACAUCCAGCCAACACUGCUGACCUCUGGUGGCACCAAGCUACCGGCCAUCGCCCCUGCGCCUGGUCGUGCCGUGUUGGAGCAAAGACAAAACCCGCUGCAGCCAGAAGUGUCCCGUGUACGCAGUCAUGUUUGCCCCCAUGAUGACUGCAGCAAGACCUACUUCAAGAGCUCCCACCUCAAGGCCCACAUGAGGACACACACAGGUGAGAGGCCCUUUAGAUGCAAGUGGGAAGGCUGCGAGAGGCGCUUCGCUCGCUCCGAUGAGCUGUCUCGCCACCGACGUACUCACACGGGAGAGAAAAGGUUUGCCUGUCCUGUGUGCCACAGCCGCUUCAUGCGCAGCGACCACCUUGCAAAGCACGCCCGACGACACCUAGCAGAGAGGAAGACACCCUGCUGGACUUUAAAGGCCACUUCCACAACACUCACUCUGUCUUCAGCAAACUCUCUCUAAGUAAAAACUGUGAUAUUGAAUGUCAGGUGCACAGAGGAGUCCGUCAAACAGUGCACAGAGUGUCUGCCUCAUUUUUACAAGUCUCCAUUCAGCUUAGUCAAUGGUUGAACAACACUGCUGAGCUGGAGACAAGUUUAAGUUGCACAUUAAGUAUUUGAUUGUAGUUGAAUCAGAACGAGGUGUUGAGACUGUUUAUAUUCGACCCUCAAACUGAGCUUUUACACUGAAAAUAUCAGCAUACAUACUAUUUAAUAAUUCACUUUCAUAACACUUUUAAAAGUGAAUGCUAAACAUGUGUACUUUUCAGUGAUAUUUGACCAAAGAAUGUUGAAUAUAUUUCUUUUGUGCCAUAUAAGAAAUAUUUGUUAAAAAACUAUUUUGCACAAUAUGUAUGUCUUGCAUUGGAAAUAGAAUCUUUAUUAAACUUGAGAUAUGUUUUUUUUGUCAUUCAGAUGUGUCCAGUUCUAUUUUUAAUGUAUGUGUGUGUCCUGCCUACUUAAUGUAUAUUGACAAACAGAAUAACAAUUCAAUAGCUCCUACAUGGUGUUUACUCGAGAGAUUUAGCUCCUUUGAUCACAUUAUCCAAGAUAAGAAUUAGAUUAAAUCAUCAUGUUACAAAACCAUUUCUGAAAGUGAUUACCAGUUAUUAAGGUAUGUGUGUGAAGUAGCAGUGGCGCUUCAGUAAUAUUAUUAAUGGUCUGUUAAGGUAAGACACUACAGGCGAAAAGAGUUUUUUCAUGCACUUGUCAAUUUUGAGAUUUUGGCCUUUAGGCCUGUUGCCUCCAUACCAUGCCUGCUUUCAGACAAGUGGAAAGCAAAUGUCCAAAAUACACAUUCAAGUGUUCAGAUUUCUGUUAUGGAAAUCCAAAUGAAUACAAUAGAUAUAUGCAGUUAA